AUGGAAGGCUUGCGAGUACAAGAUGCACAAUGUAUGAGAGAUCUCUUUGAAGAACGGGACAAGUCAAAGCCAAAAAUACUCAAAGAACAGAAAAGGUCGCUGAAAUUAGAAGCAGACGAUCAACAACAGUCAACUCUGCGGCGAGAUCAACCUGUGUUGACGAAAGAAGAAGAGCAUCUCGAGAGAACUCCAUCAGAGCAAGGGCGCAACGAACAGCUCGUUCGCGAAAAGACAGAGUUGCAGCAGCUUGUUUCGAGGAUUAAGAAGAAGCAUUCAGAGGAAGUUGAAGCGCUAGAUGAGGAAAUCGAGCAACUGAAAACUGUUGCUGUCGAGUUGGGAUUUCUGUGA